CUCAGGGUCCAGGAUGUUGGCUACAUCCACCGUGUAGAAUCCAUCAUAUCCCAUAUCUACAAAUCCGUCGGGAAACCGUCGGAGUUACCGGACUUUACUUCCGUGCAGUGUUUGCCCCACAACCAUCAAACGCUGCUUCGACGGCCCCGGGAAUAGCCAUACAACAGACUCACCUUCCAGUUUGACUGUAUCCCAACUCUUGUACUCUCCUCCCUUCUCGCUGCCUUUAUCUGAACUCGGAAGCUUCCAGCCGUGACAGUACAUCACUUGAAAGUAGCCCAUCAAUCAUUGGCGAUCAGCAAAAUGGCUCGCAUUCUCAUCACUGGCUCGGUCGACGGGCUUGGUCUCGAGGCUGCCAGGCAGCUUGUUAACAGAGGACACACCGUAUACCUGCAUGCGCGCAAUGAGCAACGUGCAGUGGACGCCAAAUCUGCGUGCCCGGGUGCCGCCGGGGUGUUGGCUGCCGACUUGUCCAGGAUGGAAGACACGCAGAAGCUCUGCGACGAUGCCAACGCAAUUGGUGAUUUUGAUGCUGUCAUCCUCAAUGCUGGAAUCAUGCAGGGUGGCUUUCGGAAGAAUGCGGAUACUGGUGUUCCAGCCUUGGUGUCGGUCAACCUUAUUGCACCUUAUGUGAUGUCCUGUUUGCUGCGUCCACCCAAACGCCUCGUUUUCAUUUCCUCAAACCUGCACCGGUACGCAGACAUGGCAAGCAUGGAUGAUAUGUUCUGGUUGAAACGCGGGGAGGCCAGCUACCAAAGUUACCCGGCAUACUGUGGUUCUAAGCUUCAUGUCAUGCUCCUCGCCAAUGCAGUCGCUCGGCGGUUCAGGAACACAUCAGUGACCUCGGUGCACCCCGGGUGGGUGGCAACUAAGCUUGGCGGACAGGGUGCUCCAGAUAGGGUGGAGGAUGGUGUUGAAACGUAUGUCAUGUUAGCCGAAGGGAAUUAUGAUGAACAGAACCUGUCUGGAGGGUAUUUCGAGCCCAAGGGGAAGAUUGGUCAGCCGAUUCCGGCUGCAAGAGAUGAGGAUUUGCAAGAGAAAGUCGUGGAAGCCUGUGAAGAGAUUACUAGCUUGAAACUGCCGGCUUAGUAUGCAGAGCUCUCUAUUGAGGGGAUGACGAACUGUGCCAACGUCUUGAUUAAAUUCAUCAUAAAAUGUGCAUAGAUAUUAACUGCAAAGUACACCAAUUUUUAAA